AUGGAGCUGUUGGCACCGUCCAACUCAUCCACUGCGGCUGCAGUCACCUUCAUCACCUUCGUGCAAGACCUCAAACGUAAGACGAAGACAUGGGGCCCGAUGAUAGAGCUAUGCGCAAGUGGGGAGAAGACCCUGGAACGUUUCCGUUACCAGUUCCCGGAAGACUGGCUGUACAGUGACCAGCUUCAGGGCGAAUGGAGUGCGUAUAAUGAGAUUCUGAAGAGGAAGAACGACUCCAUCCAAGAGCAGCUUGCUGGACUACAACUGAAGAUCGUAGCUGAGGAUAAGAUCGUAGAGAACAAGAUAAACGAUACCAUACAGGAAUGGGAGCAAACUCGUCCCGUUCAAGGCAGCAUGCGUUCCGACACCGCACUUAAUGUGAUCAAUGUGUUUGAAGGAAAGCUCAAUCGAGUACAAGAAGAGUACGAUCUGGUCUGCAAAGCCAAAGAGGCCUUGGAUCUCGAGCUUAUACGCCACACCCGCCUGGAACCUGUCUUCGAGGAAUUACGGGACCUGAAAGCAGUAUGGACCGCGCUCUCCGGUAUUUGGGGCCAAAUAGGCGAAUUGAGGGAGUUGGCAUGGGCUACCGUGCAACCGAGGAAACUUAGGCAGCAGAUUGACGGGCUUCUAUCCUCAACGAAGGACAUGCCAACGCGCAUGAGACAGUAUGCCGCAUUCGAGUACGUGCAAGACACAUUGCGUGCCUUGCUUAAGUCCAAUACCCUCAUCUUGGAGUUGAAGUCGGAGGCUCUCAAAGACAGACAUUGGAAGCAAUUAUUCAAGGUCUUGCGGGUGCCGUCGCAAGUUGGCUUGACUUUAAUGACGCUCGGACAUGUCUACGAUAUGGAUCUUCGCAAGAAUGAGAAUCUGAUCAAGGAAGUCAUCAUACAAGCCCAGGGCGAAAUGGCGCUAGAGGAAUAUAUCAAGCAGGUCAAAGAAAUCUGGACAAAUUACACGCUAGAUCUCGUCAACUAUCAGAACAGAUGUCGUUUGAUUCGAGGUUGGGAUGACCUCUUCAACAAAUGCAGCGAGAAUCUCAACUCUUUGAUGGCUAUGAAGCUGUCGCCGUACUACAAAGUGUUCGAAGAGGAGGCUGGCUCCUGGGAGGAGAAGCUGAAUCGCAUCCAUGUGCUAUUUGAUGUCUGGAUCGAUGUGCAGCGCCAAUGGGUAUACUUGGAAGGAAUCUUCUCUGGCAGUGCUGACAUCAAGCAUCUCCUUCCUGUCGAGAGCGCACGCUUCCAGAACAUCAACACCGAGUUCUUGGCCGUCAUGAAGAAAGUCUACAAGUCUCCUUUCGUCAUUGAUGUUAUGAACAUCCAGGGUAUACAGAAGAGCUUGGAGCGUCUCGCAGACCUUUUAAACAAGAUCCAGAAAGCUCUCGGAGAAUACCUUGAACGGGAGCGGGCAUCAUUCCCUCGAUUCUACUUCGUUGGUGACGAAGAUUUGCUGGAGAUAAUUGGAAACAGCAAAGAAAUAUUACGUAUCAUGAAGCAUUUAAAGAAGAUGUUCGCUGGCAUCUCGACCAUCAUGUUGGAUGAUGACUUGACGCAGAUACAAGGCAUGGCUUCUCGCGAAGGAGAGGAGGUACAAUUUAAGGAUGCUAUCCUCCUCAAAGACUACCCGAAGAUCAACGACUGGUUGGGCAAACUGGAGGCGGAGAUGAGGGUAUCUCUGGCGCAGUUGCUAUCUGACGCAGUAUCCGAGUUGCAGACCUUUUACGGUGUUGCUACGCCGCUACCUCAGGAUCAAUUCAUGACAUGGAUGGAGAAAUAUCCGGCCCAGCUAGUCACUCUCGCUAUACAAGUGGCAUGGACGGCUUCUGUGGAGAGCGCCUUUGAAAGUUCACAGUCUCUCGAUGUUCCCCUCGACGUCGUCCGACAAGGACUUGAUCUCCUUGCGGAUGUCGUUCUCACCGAGCUAAACCCCGUCACUCGGCGCAAGUGCGAGCAUCUCAUCACCGAGCUCGUCCACCAGCGUGAUGUCAUCCGGACGCUCAUUCAACAGCGUGUGUCCGACAAUAGAGCCUUCUCUUGGUUGUAUCAGAUGCGCUUCUACCUCGACCAGAGUGUGGAGAAUCCUUUGGAUCACCUGUCGAUUAAGGUCGCCGACACAUCGUUCCCGUACGGAUGGGAGUAUCUCGGUGUCCCGGAUCGACUCGUGCAGACACCACUCACGGAUAGGUGCUACUUGACCUUGACACAAGCCUUAGGUAACCAGCUAGGUGGUGCUCCGUUCGGUCCUGCCGGAACUGGAAAAACGGAGUCAGUCAAGGCACUUGGGGUGCAACUUGGUCGCUUCGUACUGGUGUUCUGCUGUGACGAGACCUUCGACUUUCAGGCCAUGGGUCGAAUUUUUGUCGGUCUUUGUCAAGUAGGCGCUUGGGGAUGCUUCGACGAGUUCAAUCGUCUGGAAGAACGUAUUCUGAGUGCCGUCUCUCAACAAGUGCAAAGCAUUCAGCAAGGUCUUGCUGCGCUUGUCAAGAAUCCCAACACCGAGAUCGAGCUGGUUGGAAAGAAUGUCAAGUUGAACAAAAACAUUGGUAUAUUCAUCACGACUAACCCGAACUACGCCGGUCGCUCGACCCUUCCGCCAAACUUGACAAAAUUGUUCAGACCAAUGGCUAUGACUCGACCAGACCGUGAACUGAUCGCACAAGUCAUGCUUUUCUCCCAGGGUUUCCGUACUGCAGAGUCACUCGCAUCCAAGAUCGUGCCGUUCUUCAAUCUUUGCGACGAGCAGCUUUCUCCUCAGCCUCACUACGACUUCGGUCUUCGCGCGUUGAAAGCUGUGUUGGCGAGCGCGGGUAUCCUCAAGCGCGAGCGUCUGCAAGAUGCACGCUCUGGCGACGGGAAUGGCGACCCUGGAGGGCUCUCAGACGCUAUAUCCGAGCAAGUAAUCCUCAUUCAGAGUGUCACCGAGACAAUAGUGCCCAAGCUAGUUGCUGACGACGUGCCACUGUUGACGAGUCUAUUGGCGGACGUGUUCCCAGGAACAGACUAUGUUCCUGUCAAUCUAGAUGCACUGCGGGAACAGAUCAGCAGAGUAUGCUCGGAGCGUCGCCUGGUGGAAGGCGAGAGGUGGAUAGCCAAGAUUCUCCAGCUUUAUCAGAUCCAGAAGAUUCAGCAUGGUCUGAUGAUGGUCGGACCCUCCGGAAGCGGAAAGAGUAACGCAUGGCGUGUUCUACUGGCGGCACUCGAGCGACUCGAUGGCGUUGAAGGUGUGGCGUACGUCAUCGAUCCUAAGGCCAUGCAUAAGGAUGCACUAUAUGGUACUCUGGAUCCUACAACACGUGAGUGGAAGGACGGUCUGUUCACACACACACUACGCAAGAUUGUUGAUGACGUACGUGGAGAAAGUGGCAAGAGGCACUGGAUCAUCUUCGACGGUGACGUUGAUCCAGAAUGGGUCGAGAAUCUGAACAGUGUUCUCGAUGACAACAAGCUGCUAACCCUCCCUAACGGAGAACGUCUGAACCUUCCACCCAAUGUGCGCAUUAUGUUCGAAGUGGAACAUCUCAAAUACGCCACGCUCGCAACUGUCAGCCGUUGCGGUAUGAUCUGGUUCAGCGAAGACAUCGUCGAGCCCACCAUGGUUUUCCGUCAUUAUCUCGAUGCCCUGUCCACGGUGCCUCUUGACGCUGAGGAUGAGGAAGGGUUGGAGAUGCCUGGUCGCCGCUCUGAUGCUCUGGCAUCGGAUAAUGCAUUGUCUGCGAAUCUCAUCACUCAGAAGCAAGUGGCGGUUAUUCUCGAGCCCUACUUCGCAGAAGGUGAUCUCGUUAUGUCGGCUCUCGAGUUCGCGGCAUCCAUUGAACACAUUAUGGAUUUCACCACGACGCGUGCUCUCAACACCUUGUUCUCCCUCAUCAAUAAGACGGUACGAACCGUUAUCGAGUACAACAUCCAACACUCGGACUUCCCUCUAACUCCCGAACGGGUGGAGCAAUACGUUACCAAGCGAUUAUUGGUCAACAUCAUCUGGGCGUUCUCAGGCGAUGCUCGAUUGGAGCUGCGUUCCGAUUUAGGUGAUUUCCUCCGGAAGCAGACUGGUGUAGAUCUCCCGCUCUUGGGUCCAGGAAGCUCCCUUCUUGACUAUGACGUCCAAGUAUCCAAUGGGGAGUGGUUCAGUUGGCAGUCAAGAGUUCCCGUUAUCGAGAUCGAGGCGCAUGCGGUGACGGCCUCGGAUGUGGUCGUGCCAACCAUUGAUACUGUCCGACAUGAAGAAGUCCUCUACUCUUGGUUAUCGGAGCACAAGCCUCUCAUGCUAUGCGGACCUCCGGGUUCUGGCAAGACUAUGACUCUCUUCAGUGCUCUGCGCAAGCUCCCUGACAUGGAAGUCGUUGGUCUGAACUUCUCCAGUGCCACUACGCCAGAUCUGAUCUUGAAAACGUUCGAACAAUACUGCGAAUACCGUAAGACACCUAAUGGUGUCAUUCUUGCACCUGUUCAGAUAGGACGUUGGCUCGUGGUCUUCUGCGAUGAGAUCAAUUUGCCGGCUACAGACACGUACGGGACGCAGCGCGUCAUCUCUUUCAUUCGGCAACUGGUCGAAUCUGGUGGUUACUGGAGAACAUCCGAUAUGGCGUGGGUAAGGCUAGAGCGCAUCCAGUUUGUUGGGGCGUGCAACCCUCCUACGGAUCCCGGCCGUGUUCCUCUCAGCCACAGAUUCCUUCGUCAUGCACCUUUGGUAAUGGUGGACUAUCCUGGAGAAUUAUCCUUGAAGCAGAUCUACGGGACCUACAACCGUGCCCUCCUCAAAGUGGUCCCGAACCUCCGCACGUAUGCCGAGCCGCUCACGGAUGCUAUGGUUGCGUUGUACCUCGCGUCACAGAAGCACUUCACGACGGAUGUACAAGCUCACUACGUCUACAGUCCCCGUGAACUCACACGGUGGGUACGCGGUAUUUAUGAAGCGAUCAGGCCCUUGGAGAUUCUAUCAGUAGAAGGCCUUGUACGCGUAUGGGCACACGAAGCAUUGCGUCUGUUCCAGGAUCGGCUUGUCACAGAAGAGGAGAAGCAGUGGACGGAUGAUAGUAUUGAUGCUGCUGCUAUGGACCAUUUCCCGACCAUCAAUCGUGACGAAGCUCUAACACGUCCCAUCCUCUUCUCUAACUGGACUUCGAAGAACUACAUUCCAGUAGACCGAGAGGUUCUCCGCGAGUAUACCAAAGCUCGACUCCGAGUCUUUUACGAGGAAGAACUCGAUGUACCGCUCGUCCUGUUUAACGACGUUCUGGACCAUGUUCUUCGCAUUGACCGGGUUUUCCGCCAGAUUCAGGGUCAUCUGCUAUUGAUUGGAGUCAGCGGCAGUGGCAAAACUACUCUGUCUCGCUUUGUUGCUUGGAUGAACGGUUUGAGCAUCUUUCAAAUCAAGGUCUCAAACAAGUAUACCGGCGAAGAUUUUGACGAGGACCUGAGGACCGUUCUUCGUCGAGCAGGUUGCAAGGGAGAGAAAAUGUGCUUCAUAAUGGAUGAGUCAAACGUGCUCGACUCUGGUUUUCUCGAGCGAAUGAAUACCCUACUUGCCAACGCUGAGGUGCCAGGUCUGUUUGAAGGCGACGAACAUUCCGCCCUCAUGACAGCCUGUAAAGAAGGAUCUCAACGUGAUGGUCUCAUGCUUGACUCUCACGAGGAGCUCUACCGGUGGUUUACCCAGCAGGUUGCCAAGAACCUCCAUGUCGUGUUCACCAUGAAUCCUCCGGAGAAUGGUCUGGCCUCGCGAGCUGCUACUUCUCCUGCCUUGUUCAAUCGCUGCGUUCUGGAUUGGUUUGGUGACUGGUCCGACCAGGCGUUCUAUCAAGUUGGUAUGGAGUUUACUCGCACGUUGGAUCUGGACGUGCCGUCAUACAAUCCUCCUGCCCUCUUCCCCAUCGCCUAUCGUGACUUGGCUAUGCCCCCUGUCCAUCGAACAGCCGUGGUCAAUGCUCUGGUCAACGUGCACCAGUCACUACAUCAGAUCAAUCAACGCCUCAGUCGACGUCAAGGUCGCUACAAUUAUGUGACACCGCGACAUUACCUUGACUUUAUCAAUCAUUAUGUUCGACUUCAUAAUGAGAAGAGAGAAGAGCUGGAAGAACAACAGCGCCAUCUUCACGUUGGGCUGGACAAACUCCGUGACACAGUGACACAAGUCGAAGAAUUGCGCAAGAGCCUUGCCAUCAAACGUUCGCAGUUGGAAGCGAAAAAUAUCGAGGCCAACGAAAAAUUGAAGCAGAUGGUAGCCGAUCAGCAGGAAGCGGAGCAAAAGAAAGCUGCGUCCAUUGAAAUACAGGCAGCCCUUAUUGAGCAGGAUCAGAAUAUCGAGGAGCGUCGUGAAGUCGUCAUGAAGGAUCUCGCUGAUGCAGAACCAGCUGUUAUCGAAGCCCAGUCGGCGGUCAGUAACAUCAAGAGGCAGCAUCUCCAGGAAGUUCGUACCAUGGCGAAUCCACCGGAGGCCGUCAAAUUGGCGAUGGAGUCGGUCUGUACCAUCCUUGGCCACAAGAUUGACAGUUGGCGUGCGGUUCAGGGUAUUAUUCGUCGCGACGACUUCAUCCAGCGGAUUGUGAACUUCGACACGGUUAAUCAAAUGACCAAACAUCUGCGCGAUACCAUGAAGAAGGAUUUCAUGAGCCGCCCAUCAUACAAUUUUGAAACCGUGCAGCGUGCUAGUAAAGCUUGUGGUCCUCUGGUCAAGUGGGCAAUCGCUCAGGUUCGAUUCUCCGAAAUCCUGGAUAAGGUAGAACCCCUGCGCAACGAAGUGCAGUCGCUGGAAGAUCAAGCAGAGCAGACCAAAAAACAGGCCAAAAUGAUCAUCGGCAUGAUCUCCGAACUUGAGGCCAGCAUAGAGAGGUACAAGGAGGAGUAUGCCGCUCUCAUCAGGGAGACUCAGGCUAUCGCUUCAGAGAUGGAACGUGUCCAGAGCAAAGUCGAUCGUAGCAUGAAGCUGCUGGACAGUUUGUCGUCGGAGAAAUCCAGAUGGGAGUUAGGCAGUCGUACCUUCGACACAGAGAUGAGCACAAUCGCCGGUGAUGUGCUACUGUCUGCUGGAUUUUUAGCGUACGGUGGAUUCUUCGAUCAGCAUUACCGGGAAGUCAUGUGGCAGGAAUGGUCGAACCAUCUGGCAGAGGCCAACAUCAAGUUCAAGACCGAACUGUCACUUCCAGACUAUCUUUCCACUGCAGAUGACCGCCUCAGCUGGCAGUCCAAAGGUCUGCCGUCCGACAACCUGUGCACCGAGAAUGCGAUUAUGAUCAAGCGCUUCAGUCGGUACCCUUUGAUAAUCGAUCCGAGUGGCCAAGCGACCAACUUUUUGCUCAACGAAUACAAGGACCGCAAGAUCACAGUCACCAGUUUCCUGGACGAGGCAUUCCUCAAGGUGCUGGAAAGUGCUUUGCGAUUCGGGAACACUCUGAUGAUUCAGGACGUCGAGCAUCUUGACCCCAUUCUGAACCCCGUGCUGAACAGAGAGAUUCGGAGAACUGGAGGACGUGUUCUCAUCCGUCUCGGUAACCAGGAUAUCGACUUCUCGCCCUCGUUCACGAUGUUCCUUUCCACGCGAGAUCCUUCGGUCGAGUUCUCUCCCGAUAUCUGCAGCAGGGUGACCUUCGUCAAUUUUACGAUGACGAGAAGCUCUCUUCAGAGCCAAUCACUGGAUCAAGUGCUGAAGGUGGAACGCCCUGACACGGAGCGGAAGCGCACCGAUCUCAUGAAGAUGCAGGGCGAGUUCCGUCUUCGCCUCAGGACCCUGGAAAAGUUGUUACUACAAGCUCUGAACGAGUCAACUGGUAAUAUCCUUGACAACGAUAAAGUCAUUGAUACGUUGGAGACUCUUAAGCGAGAAGCUGCCGAAAUUACUAGGAAAGUGGAGGAAACAGAUCUCGUCAUGAAAGAAGUAGAGCAAGUCACCGCGGAGUACCUUCCAUUAGCGCAAGGCUGCAGCGCUGUUUUCUUCAUCCUGGAACAGCUGAACCUCGUCAAUCACUUCUACCAGUUCUCUCUGAGGUUCUUCCUCGAUAUCUUUGACUAUGUUCUCCACCACAACCCAAAUCUCAAGAAUGUCACAGAUCACAGCCGUCGUAGAGAUAUUCUUCUCAAUGAUUUGUUCCUCGUGGUGUACAAGAGGACGUCACGGGCAUUGUUCCAUCGUGACCAUGUCAUGCUCGCAGUACUACUGGCCCAAGUCAAGCUUCGCGGGAUAGAGGAAAUCGCAGAUGAAUUGGAGUUCCUGCUGGAAAGUGGAGACGGUGGUGUUAGUGUUGCACCUGGGUCCACUGUUCAGAGUUCUAUCUUGUCCGCCGACCAGAGCGAACGAUUACAGAACUUUGCGAAGCAGCCACUAUUCAAACCGGUCCUCGAGCACGUGCUGCGGCAUGAAACAGAAUGGAUUCCCUUCCUCGAGUCUAGCAGUCCAGAGUUAUCGGUCCCUUCGCCGUGGGAUCCAACCACCCCUGCGGUCGAAGCCGUGCGCAGAAUGAUGAUUAUCAAGUGCCUGAGACCCGACCGACUGCUCCAAUCAACGGCAUUGUUCGUGAAAGGCGUCUUCCAGACUGACAUGGCUGCAGAGUCGGGCUACGAUCUCGGCAGCAUGGUCGCAGACGAGAUUCUUCCCGCCACACCAUUGGCACUAGUCUCCGUCACGGGUUAUGAUGCGAGUUAUCGCGUUGAGAAUUUGGUGCAGAACGCUGGUGUUCGGUGUGCCUCCGUUGCAAUGGGUUCGCAGGAAGGUUUCACUCUAGCGGACCAGGCAAUCGCGUUCGCCGCCCGUCAGGGUUCGUGUGUCCUGCUCAAGAACGUUCAUCUUGCACCGUCUUGGCUCGGACAAUUGGAAAAGAAGCUGCAAACAUUGAACCCUCACCGGAACUUCCGCCUAUUCUUGACCAUGGAAGCUAACCCAAGCAUACCUGUCAAUAUCCUGCGACAGUCGCGUAUUGUCAUGAAUGAGCCCCCGCCUGGUAUCAAGGCUAAUCUCACUGACUCGCUACGGGGAAUAUCGUCCGCUCGUCUGUCACAAGGGCCUGCGGAAAAGGUCCGUCUAUAUUUCUUGCUUGCCUGGUUCCACGCCGUAGUGCAAGAGCGUCUGCGUUACGUUCCUCUCGGCUGGAGCCAAGUCUACGACUUCAACGACUCUGAUAUGGCUUCCGCCUUCAACACAAUCGAUACGUGGCUCAACGCCAUCGCAAAGGGUCGCGCGAACAUCGACCCAGCUGUUAUUCCCUGGGAUGCCCUGCGAACGCUCGUCAAGCAGUCUGUGUAUGGUGGCAGAGUUGACAGUGAUUUCGAUCAGAAGAUCCUGGAUGCGUUCGUUGACGGACUGUUCACUCCGUCCGCUUAUAAUGUCGAUUUCCAUCUGGUCCCGAGUACCACAGGUUAUCAAGUGCUGGGUGUACCGGAUGGCACCAAGUUGGAUCACUUCUUGUCAUGGGUGCAGGGACUACCCGACAAGGAGCCUCCAGCGUGGCUGGGCCUUCCGCCCACUGCCGAACGCGUCAUUGCUAUUGCUCAAGGGAAUGAGCUGCUUGGGAAGCUGCGCAAGAUGAGGCUCCUCGCUGAUGAUGACGAUGAAGGGGCUGCUACGAGUGUGGGUCCAUCCAAGGGCCAGGUGUCUCAGCAACCUGCGUGGAUGAGGUCUCUUCUGGAUCGUUGCCGCGAAUGGCUGCAACAGCUUCCUGCCACGUUCAACACACUCCAAAAGCAAAGUGCGGACAAUCAGGAUCCUCUCUACCGGCUAUUCUUCCGUGAGGGCAGCAUCGGCAGCAAACUCCUGGGGCAAGUUCGCAGAGAUUUGGCUGAUGUCAUCAAGGUUUGCGAGGGUGCUCUGAAGCAAACCAACCAUCUCCGCACCUUGAUGAGCUCUCUGACGAAGGGUACCAUCCCUACCCACUGGCGGCAAUACAAGGUGCCGAAAGCAAUGGCGGUAUCUGGCUGGAUAUCCGAUUUCGCGCGGCGGCUAGCACAGCUCGACAGCAUCGCUGGAAUGAACAACCUGAACAAUCUUGAGCUGUCGCCCACCGGAAGAAGUGGAGCUUGGAGACGCUACAACUCAGUCUAG